CAGCCAGCGGGGCGGGGCCGGGCGUACCCGAGACCGCGUCUGCAGCCGGCGGCGUAGCGGACAUGGCGGGCUCCCGGCUCCCGCGGCAGCUUUUCCUUCAGGGCGUAGCCGCCGUCUUCGUGUUCGCCUUCGCGUCCCUCUACACGCAGAUCCCGGGCCUGUAUGGUGCUGAGGGCAUCCUGCCUGCACGGAGGACCCUGAGGCCACAGGGCAAAGGGCGCUGGCAGCAGCUGUGGGAGACCCCGACGCUACUGUGGGAGGCUCCGCAACUGGGGCUGGACACCUCGCAGGGCCUGGAGCUGCUGAGCCUGCUGGGCGCCCUGCUGGCCCUGGGCGCGCUACUGCUGCGGCGGCUGCGCAACCUCUCCGUCUACCUGCUGCUCUGGGCUGCCUACCUGUCGGUUUGCCAGGUGGGCCAGGUGUUUCUUUAUUUCCAGUGGGAUUCCCUGCUGCUGGAGACUGGCUUCCUGGCGGUGCUGGUGGCCCCCCUGAGGGAGCCCCCCCACCACCAUAAGCAGGGCCCUCAGGGCGGGCUGGCAGGGGCCUCGCCCCACGAAGGCCUCCCCUUCUGGCUCGUGCGCUGGCUGCUGUUUCGCCUCAUGUUUGCCUCGGGUGUGGUCAAGCUGACCAGCCGUUGCCCCGCGUGGUGGGGGCUUACUGCCCUCACCUACCACUAUGAAACACAGUGCCUGCCCACACCUGCCUCCUGGUUCGCCCACCAGCUGCCCAUCUGGCUGCACAAACUCUCCGUGGUGGCCACGUUCCUCAUCGAGAUCGCAGUACCCCCUCUGUUCUUCGCCCCUAUUCGCCGCCUGCGCUUGGCAGCUUUCUACUCCCAGGUUUUGUUGCAAGUCCUGAUUAUUGUCACUGGCAACUAUAACUUCUUCAACCUGCUCACUCUGGUACUCACCACUGCUCUUCUGGAUGACGUGUACUUGACUGCUGGGUCUGGCAACAGCCGCUACAAGAAGAGACCCACUUCCUGGCCGAGGGCGCUUCUGGCUACGCUGUCUCUGCUGUUGGAGUUUACCGUCUAUGGACUGCUGGCGUGUGGCACCGUGCACUACUUUGGCCUGGAAGUUGACUGGGAGCAGUAUGCCGUCCACUCCAGAACCACCUUUACCUUCCACCAGUUUUCCCAGUGGCUGAAGAUGGUGACCCUGCCCACCAUGUGGCUGGGGGUGGCUUCCCUCACCUGGGAACUGCUGACUGCCCUCUGGAGGUGGACCCAGGUGCGAGGGUGGCUGAGGAAGUUCUGCACUGCAGUCCAGCUGUUCAUCUUUGGCACUGCCACGGUGGCCUUGUUUGUGAUCAGCCUGGUGCCAUACUCCUACAUCGAGCCCUCGAGCCAUGGGCAUCUCUGGACCGGGGCACACCGCCUGUUUGGUGCCGUGGAGCACCUGCAGCUGGCUAACUCCUACGGCCUCUUCCGCCGGAUGACUGGUCUGGGCGGGCGGCCCGAGGUGGUACUGGAGGGCAGCUAUGACGGACACCACUGGACGGAGAUCGAGUUCAUGUACAAGCCCGGGAAUGUGAGUCGGCCGCCCCCUGUCGUGGUGCCCCACCAGCCCCGCCUCGAUUGGCAGAUGUGGUUUGCAGCCCUGGGCCCGCACUCUCACAGCCCUUGGUUCACGAGCCUGGUCCUGCGCCUGCUGCAGGGCAAGGACCCUGUGAUCCGCCUCAUCCAGAACGAUGUGGCUAGGUACCCCUUCCACAAGCAGCCACCCACCUACGUGCGGGCCCAGCGCUACAAGUACUGGUUCUCACAUCCUGGGGAGCAGAGCCUGUGGUGGCGACGCCAGUGGGUGGAGGAAUUCUUUCCGCCAGUGUCCUUGGGGGACCCAACGCUGGACAUGCUGCUCAGACAAUUUGGCCUCCAGGACAAGAGCCCACCCCGAGCCCGCAGCUCCAGCAACGCCCUGGCCCAGGCCCUCCGCUGGAUACGGAAACAGCUGUCCCCUCUGGAGGCUUCCACCCUGCUCUGGGGGCUCCUCGCCGCAGUGGGGGCCAUUAGGGUUAUGCAGGCCCUACUGGGGCCCCAUUCCUCCCGCUCCUCUCCUCUGACCAAGGAGGAGAAGCACAGGCCAGCCCCCAAGAAGGACUCUGGAACUGCCAGCAAACAGGCCGCCCCAGCCCCUGACAACUGCAGCAGCAGCUCCCAGACUCCCAGGAGGAAAACGUAGCUGCGUUCCGUCAGCCGUGUGUCCGGAGAGGGUCAGGGUGCCCACACGUCUCUGGCCUUCUAUGGCAGGACACGAUCCCAGCCAGCGUGCCUUAGCUGAUUGACAGAUACAGGUUAGGGUGCUGUCCUCUAGGGCAGGCUUUGGCUGCCCUGCUGCUUGGAGGGUCCAGUCACCCCAAGAUACACGCCAACCGUGUCCCUUCCCAGCAUACCCCUGGCCUUGACCCACAAGGCAGGUGUAUGACCCAGCUCAGGGUCUUUCCCAGUAUGUUGUAACCAGGGCUGUGAGAAGCCCUUUCCCUCUGUAAGGAGCCAAGGCUGAUGCCCCUGACCCCCACCCCUGCACAAGAGGGGGUGAGGCAGACCUGGUGAGGAAGUGAGGGAAGAGGAGGGAAGAUCCCCAGAUCCAGGAACCAAUAAAGGUGCCUCUGUGCUCGACCUCG